AUGAUGGAAAUACCACAUGAUACGACAAACGAGCAUUCUUAUUAUGAGAGUUCCUGGCAGUUUAUCGACAAACAUACGGUCCGUGUUACAUUUCAGCUAUUUGGUUCACUUUAUCCGACAUCAAGUGCUUAUAUGAAAUAUACUGCUCGCUAUAAUCGCACUAAAUUACGUGAAUUAUCUAUUCGACCAUUUGAAUCUGGGGAAAACAAUACAAAUAUAAUUUAUUUAGAGGAUGUUGAGCAUGGAAAACAUUCUGUCUGUUUACUCAUCUAUGAAUCACGAUCAGUGAACAAUACGGGCAAGAGACUAGUCCCAGAUCCAAAGAAUAUAUUUUGCCAAGAUAUCUAUUUUAAUUAUCAUAAAUACAGUCAUCCAGAGCAACGUGACAUAGACACUAAACACUCCUUUUCUGUCAUAGUAUUCCAGUAUGCAAUCGUUUGUGGAAUACUUUGUUUUUUACAUAUUGUUCAUUCUAUUCGAAAACGUCGAAUAUUUAAAAUCAUGCGUCAAAUGCUUUUUCCCAAAGCAAAUUUAUUACGUGAUGUAAUGUCUUCAAACUCGUUCGAAACAAAUACGUCGAGUAAUAUGAAAAUGUUUCAUCCCGCAUUAAAUAAUACACAAAUAAUUGAAGAAGAUGAAGAACAAUCGUUGAUAGGUGUCAAAAACAAUAUGAUACCGUUGAAACGAGUAACAGAUCUAUUAAUCUAUGAUCUAAAUAAAACGGCGUUACUCCUCAGCGAAAGUCUUGGCGUUCUUCUUGAUAGUAACGAUCAGGAUACGAAUACAACAUCGACAAUACUAAACACAGAUCCACCCGCGCGAAAACAUCUAACACCCGCCUAUGCAACCCAUCUUUCCUUACCAAGUCGUCGGUCGUCCUGUUCACAUUCAUCACCAUUUUCGAGACGAUCGGUUCAACAUGAUGAUCAUCAAUCUGUCACGUUUGACAUAGGUGGUACUAGUGGAAACGAAGAUGAAAAUAACUUUGAUUUUGAUGAAAAUAUCGUGCCAGAUGAAGAGCAAACACCUAGUUUUCAAUCAAUGGUCCACAUUCUAGAGGCUUCUAAACCUUGGUCAACAAGAGUAUCAUUAGUACAAAAGGGUGAUGGUGCCCGAGGUUUUCCUUUAUAA